AAAAUCUACGAAUUCGGUUAAUCCAUAUAUUCAAUCCUUUCUCCAACGACCCCUCAACCCAAUUGUAGCAGCCGGCCUGCACAUAUUUGGCAGUAAUUUGUCUCCCGCCCAAUUUUCAAACCUCCUAAGACCUCUCCCUCUUUCUAGGGUUUACAGCUUUCCCCAAAUCUCUACCACCAUACGUCCUGUGGAUGCGGUGUUUCUACUGCGAGAAUCCCAUAAUUUCCCUAGAAUGACGACUCCGAUGGAGAUCUCCGAGCAGAAACCCGUCACUGAAACUACCAUUUCUGAACGGAAUGGCCUUCCGCCGCUCCCCGCAGUAGCUCCUUCUCCUCCUCCAUCUCUCCCCGAAGACAAAUUUCUCGUUUCUGUUGAAGUUUGCUUAAAAGCGUCGAGCACAGCACGAACCCAAGAUGUCUGCUCAGCAGUUGAAAGAAUGCUUGAAAAGAGGAGCAUGAGCUAUAUCGAUGGACCAAUACCUGUUCCUCUUGAUGAACCCUUUCUGCUAGAGAACGUUCAUAGGAUAUGUAUAUGUGACACAGACGAAGGGAUAAAGAACCAUAGAAUUCUCUUGUUCUGGCAAGUCAAGCCUCUUGUACAUGUCUUUCAGCUUAGUGAUGAAGGACCAUGUGAGGAAGUAAGUGGUGAUGGCCAACUCGCUAGUUUCAACGAAUGGAUUCUCCCGGCGAAGGAAUUUGAUGGCUUGUGGGAAAGCUUGAUUUAUGAAUCCGGUCUCAAGCAAAGGUUGUUGCGAUACGCUGCAAGUGCGUUGCUCUUCACUGAAAAGGGCGUUGACCCAUUCCUUGUCUCCUGGAACCGCAUUGUUCUUUUACAUGGUCCUCCGGGUACUGGCAAGACAUCUUUAUGCAAGGCCCUUGCUCAAAAGCUUUCAAUACGGUUUAAUUCCAGAUAUCCACAGUGCCAGUUGAUUGAAGUCAACGCUCAUUCUCUAUUCAGCAAAUGGUUCUCUGAAAGUGGCAAGUUGGUCGCAAAGCUUUUCCAAAAGAUUCAAGAAAUGGUAGAGGAAGAGAACAAUCUGGUAUUUGUUUUGAUUGAUGAGGUUGAAAGCCUUGCUGCUGCCAGAAAAGCUGCUUUGUCUGGCUCUGAACCUUCAGACUCGAUUCGUGUUGUGAAUGCACUAUUAACUCAGAUGGACAAAUUGAAAUCUUCACCGAAUGUGAUUGUUCUGACUACAUCCAAUAUCACUGCUGCGAUAGAUAUUGCAUUUGUUGAUCGAGCUGAUAUCAAAGCAUAUGUUGGCCCUCCCACUCUUGAAGCUCGUUACGAGAUUCUGAGAUCUUGUGUACAAGAACUUAUACGAAGUGGAAUAGUAGCAAAUCACCAGGAUUAUGAUCUCAAGCUUCCAAACUUCUCAACACUGAGAGAAAAACUAGGGACAGCUGAUGUGCAAGAAGCUCAAACAUGGCCAUUAUUGUUGUAUAAACAAUUGCUUGAAGCUGCAGAGUCAUGCGAGGGAUUGAGUGGAAGGUCCCUAAGAAAGCUUCCAUUUCUCGCACACGCAUCUCUUUCCAGUCCAGGCAGUUGUGAUCCAACCAAUUUCUUGUGCACAAUGAUAGAUACGGCAAGAAGGGAGCACUCCGAAUUACUGGGUUCUUGAGUCCUUGCGUCCAUAUAUGUAUAUGAUACAGGAAGCAAGUCUGCACAUGUUCGAAAGGAUACUCGUGUAACUUAGACAAUGAUAGUCAUUGCAAUUCGAAACGGAGAUCAAACAAAGAUCACGACGAGUUGUGUGCAGAGUGCUGCAUUUUCUUUAGCUCUAGUAUCUGUACGUUCUUACAUCUCCAUACCAUAUUAUGGCACUACCAAAAAACAAGUAUGCUUCUGAUUUCCUGCAUGUGAGAACUAGUGGAUUCGGAAGACACAACAAAACUAAUUUAUAGUAUGCUGUACAUCACAACUUGAAUACAGGGAGUUAUGGUUUUGUCAGAGAAUAUUAGGCGACGUAAGGAGUAACCAAGAAUCACUUGGAGUGGGUUUCUGUUUUAACAGUAAAUCACCAUACAAAGAACGCAAUCAAUGAGGCGAAGAAAACCCCAUGCCAUUGACACGUGAUGAUAAUCUAGAAGACACUUGGUUGUGCAGUGACUAGGAUCUUUUUGUUCAUGAACUAGGAUAAACUCUUUAUAGCCCUAAGGGGUUGACUUGAUAGUGGUAUUUCUUGAUGAAUUCUCAAAAUACACAUGUUAAAAAAAAAUUUUCAAAAUACACAUGUUAUAAAAAAAAUUCUCAAAAUAGACAUGUUUGGGCAUCACCGCUGUUGUCAACCGCAGUGAAUGCAUUCACCGCGGGAGACCAACGGCCGCGGUGAAUGCCUGACUUAUUUUUUUUUAUUCCAUAUAACUUUUCAAGAUCUUUCAAUAUGUAACAAACUUCAUCUAAAAAAUUGUCGGUUGUUACCCGAACGAGUAAUUUUUCGAUUUUGCCAAACUUUGGAAGGACAUAACUUUUAGAUCCUCAAUACGAACGUCGUAAAGUUUUUUAAUGCGCAUAACAUUUUAAGAACUACAAUUUUUACUAGGAAAUAAUUUUUUAUAAAGAAAUAUUUUUAGGUAUACUGGAUUUUGGGAAUAACUUAGCUUUUACUUUUCACAAAUCCACAUACUUUCCAAAAUUAUGGUUAUAAUCAAAGUUGUAGUACUUCAAAAGUUAUGCAAAAUCAAAAAAAGUUUCAUGACAUUCGGAUUGUGGAGCACAAAGUUAUGGACUUCCAAAGUUUGUCAAAAUCAAAAAAUUGCUCGUUCGGGGUAGCAAAUGAAUUUUUUUGGACUAAAGGCUUGUUGCACAUUGAAAGAUCUUGAAAAGUUAUGUGGAAUAAAAAAAAACAUUCGCU